AAAAGAACAAACCAAAUGUCAUUUGUCGUUGUCAAAGAAAAUUGAUUAAUUUUAAUCGUCCUCGGUAUUAGGUGUUUAAUUGGUGUUUUCUUAAUUUUAUACUGUACAUACUAUAAAAUACACUUCAGUCAUUAUUGGUAAUUUAGAUAUUUCUUUUGUAUCGCUUAUUUGAAGUGAAAAUGGCUUCGGAGGCGGUGGCGAGUGCGGGUGCGGAGAUUCGAGAAAAUUUGGUAACAACAGCUGUACAAUUCCUAACGAACCCAAGUGUACAAAGAUGCACCUUAGAAAGCAAAGAGCGGUUUCUACGUAGCAAAGGUCUAACUGACCUUGAAAUACAAAAAGCUUUAGGAAAAUGUGCAGAAAUGAUGGACCUUCCGUCGUUGACGUCAGAGCUCAUGUUCGUACAUCAGUCAAGGAGGUCAUGGUUCAGAGACAAUGUGCUUCCAAUUAUGGUGUAUGGAGGUUUCAUGUAUGGAUGCUACUGGUUUUAUAAAAACUACAUAAGACAUCUCCUUUUCGUGGAGCAACCAAAGCGUAAAACGACAGAAGAAUGUAUUGAUGAGCUGCGCAAGAGUGUCGAUAUACUCAACGCUAACUUCAUGGCGCUGCGCACUGAAAUGCAUGCCAACGUCCACCAGAGUGCGAUGCGAUCGCAAGUCGACAGCAUCAAGGCAGAAUUAACUUCUGUCAAGUCUAUUAUGCUGAAUAGGAAUCAAUUUCCCGCCCUCAAGACCCGCACGGAUCCCCCCUCAAUCCCCGACUGGCAGCGGCAGUCUGAAGAAGCGACCUCAACCGAAGUACCUCAGGAAGAGAAGAAGAAAAAGAGCAGAAGUCGUAGCCAGCGAUCGGAGUCUGGAGGCUCCAACUCCAGCGAGGGGGAGCAGGCUACCAAGAAUAGCGACAGCAGUUUGGAAAUCAUCACAUGAAAGCCAGUCUCAAUAAAGUCAGUUCUACGGCAAAAUAAUAGCCCUUGCCACCAGAGAUGUUCUAAGGACUCAAACCUUGUGAAAUGAUACAGAAGUCUUAAAUUUGCGGUCUAUUCCACCUCGCAUCCAUCCUCAACUCAUCAGGUACCAACAAAACUCUUAACUGUGUAAUUGGGCGUGUUAGAUCUGCUUCGAAGCGAGAAAAUACGCGCCAAAAUAUAUAUGGCUAUA